UAUGAACGCUGACUCUGUCUAUUUCACUCAUUGUCAUUCUGUUGAAUGCGUUCACACCAUCUCUCGCACAUUCCGUCGAACACUUGAAAGGCGACGACUUCCCUCCCCCACAACAACCCCUCUCUCUCUCUCUCUCUCUCUCUAUAGAUAUAUAUGAAACUCACAUUUCUGGCUGAAGAAGCUGAUUGCUUGUAAAGUUUGAUCAUCCCGAUGAACGAUACCGUUACCAACGGCAGCAAGAGAAAGAGACGAAGAAAAGAUGAUGGCAUCAACAACAACAACAAAAACAGUGGUGGCGAUGAAUCGAGCGAGAAAAAACAAGGUAACAAAAAAAAGGAGGGUUUGAAAGAGAUUAUAACCUCACUGUUGUUGAUUGACGAGCAAGAAAAGCUUGAUUCAGAAGAGUGGUCAAAGACCCAACAAGAAGAUAAGCUCUUAUUCGAUGCCAACCACAAGAAAAAGACUCGGGCUAUGUUGGAUUACUACAACAAGUUACAGGGUAGUUUUGAUUAUCUGGAUCAAAAUGAUCGUGGGUUGAGAAGGAGGAAGUCAAGAGCUGCUGCUGCUACGGCCGCUGCUGUUGUGACUGCCGUGGCUGGGGCAGAGGAGGAGGAGGAAGAGGGCGGCGGUGGUGGUGGUGGUGGUGGAGCUGCCACUCAGAGGAGGUUGUGGGUGAAGAACAGGUCCCAAGCAUGGUGGGAUGAAUGCAACAGUGCUGAAUUUCCAGAGGAAGAGUUCAGGAAAGGGUUUAAGAUGGGGAAGGAGACAUUUGAGAUGAUAUGCAAUGAGCUAAGUUCGGCAGUUGCCAAAGAGAACACCAGUUUGAGAGAUGCAGUGCCGGUUAGACAGCGUGUGGCUGUGUGUAUAUGGAGGUUGGCUACUGGGGAGCCUCUUAGGCUUGUUUCCAAGAGGUUUGGUUUGGGUAUAUCUACUUGUCACAAGCUCAUUCUCGAGGUUUGUUCUGCGAUUAGGACUGUCUUGAUGCCAAAGUAUCUUCAAUGGCCAGAUGAGGAGUCUGUGAAAAGGGUUAAGGAACAUUUCGAAGCAGUUUCUGGGAUACCCAAUGUGGUGGGAUCAAUGUAUACUACCCAUAUACCAAUCAUUGCUCCUAAGAUUAGCGUCGCCGCUUAUUUCAAUAAGAGGCACACCGAGCGGAAUCAAAAGACAUGUUAUUCGAUUACGGUUCAAGGUGUUGUUGACCCAAAAGGGGUGUUCACUGAUGUGUGCAUUGGAUGGCCUGGAUCAAUGCCUGAUGAUCAGGUGUUGGAGAAAUCAGCCCUUUAUCAAAGGGCCAUUGGAGGGUUGUUGAAGGGUGUUUGGAUUGUUGGGAGUUCUGGGUACCCUUUAAUGGAUUGGGUUUUGGUGCCCUAUACGCAGCAGCAUCUGACUUGGACUCAACAUGCGUUCAAUGAGAAAAUUGGGGAAAUUCAAAGGGUUGCAAAAGAGGCAUUUGCCAGAAUGAAAGGGAGGUGGACUUGCUUGCAAAAGCGAACAGAGGUCAAACUUCAAGACUUGCCGGUGGUUCUUGGGGCGUGCUGUGUGUUGCACAAUAUUUGUGAAAUGCGGAAUGAACCACAGUUGAUGUGCAAUCUUAUCGAUGAUGAGAUGGUCCCGGAGAAUGGUUUGAGAUCGGUAGCUGCAAUGAAGGCUAGGGAUGCAAUUGCACAUAACCUUUUGCAUCAUAACCAUGCGGGCACUUCUUUUCAGUCUUGAAAAGGAGGUGCAUUUUGUCCUGUGAGAUUGCUUCAUAUUUUUUGUUUUAGUGUCUUUUUAAUUUAUAUUUAUGCACAUGUUAUGUCAUCUUUGUGUUGUAGAAUCAUACAAUAGCGAUUCAUCACUAUUUGUAAAGGGGGGUCUGUAGAAGAUAUAUUUUCUCCUUUAGGAUCAUAUUGACUUGUAACCUAGUUCACUACUUAAUAUGACAAUUAACAGCAGAGGUGAAAGAAAUUUAUGAUCAAAAUAUUCUUUUUG